UAACAGCACUGUCCUUCAUCGGAAGCCCCAAACAGUCCGUAAUCUCUAUUUUUCUUUCUUAAUUUCGCAGACCUAUCAUCAUCAAUGAACAAGCGCAACGCACCGAGAGAGAAGAAGGAAGAAGCCUGGGAAAGGCGCACCCGAGCGAGACAGCCAUGUCGUGCAAGAGGGACGAGGAGCUGAGCGAGCGGGAGGUCUCCCAGCUGCGAGAGGUCUUCUCGAAGUUUGACAAGAACCGUCGGGGCACAGUGCCCUUCGUGCACAUCGACGAGAUCAUUCGCACCGCGGGCAGGCUGGUCACCGACGCCAAGUUCAAGGAAAGUAUCAAGAACCCCAGUGCCGAUGACGCCGAGAGGAGGGUCCAGUUCCCCGAGUUCAUGGGCAUGGUGACGUCGUACACGCGGCCCAUCGAGCCGGCGUCGGACCUCCGGGAAGCGUUCCGGGUGUUCGACCGCGAAGGCCACGGCUUCAUCACGACGGCUGAACUGCGGCACGUGGUCACCACGCUGGGCGAGCGGAUGACCGACGAGGAGGCCGACGAGCUCAUCAAGGAGGCCGACGUGACCAGCGAGGGACACAUCGACUACGAGGAGUUCAUCAAGACCAUCAGCCUGCCCAGGGAGCGCCAAGACUCUUCCAAGCGCCAGGACUCUUCCAAGAGCCAGGACUCUGCCUAAAUGACGCUUGGCUGUGUUCUUCUGGCUGUGUUAUGCCCAUGUAGAUUCGAAAGUGCCGCCUU